GUCAGGUCUGGUUUUUCCAGAACCUUGAACUGUAUAAGGGACCAUGUCUUCUUUUGGAUACCGCAGAGAAAUCAGUAAAUAUGAAGAUAUUGAUGAAGACGAGCUACUGGCCUCAUUAACGGCAGAGGAGUUGCAGGAAUUAGAGAGGGAGCUGGAGGAUAUUGAGCCGAACCGGAACCUCCCUGUCGGAAUGAGGCAAAAAAGUCUAACGGAAAAAUCUCCAACAGCGAAUUUUAGCAGAGAAGCACUAAUGGCUUAUUGGGAAAAGGAGACCAAAAAGUUAAUGGAGAAGGAGCAGCUUGGUGCAUGUGAUAAGAAUUAUAAGGAGGAAGAAGAUGGAAGUGAUGAAGAGGAUUUUGUAGGAACCAACAGUGAGGUUUCUGAAGAGAUUUACACAGAAGAGGAAGAAGAGGAUGAAGACGAAGAAGAGGAGGAGGUGGAAACAGAAAGUGAUGAAGAAGAAGGUAACCAGGAAGAAGAUAAGGAUACUAUCUGUGGUAUCGCUGACAACACUGAAGCUACAAAAAGUUCUGAUAACAUCCCAACAAUAAAAAUCAAUGGACUGAGUGAUAAUAAAACAUUGUCCAAUGGUUACAAUGGCAUUGGUGCAAAAUACAGCAAACAAGCCAAUGAGCUUUCAGUCAAUAAAGCAUCUUCUGGCCUUGCUGGCUCCAAUCCAACAGUUAUAGAUGAUGCUCUAGAAAAUAUAAAAAACAAUGACCCAGACACUUUGGAAGUCAAUCUAAAUAACAUAGAGAACAUCACACCAGAAACACUUAUAUCCUUUGCACUUGCCCUAAAAGAAAACACAAAUGUUAAAGUAUUUAGCUUGGCUAACACUCAUGCUGAUGACAACGUUGCAAUGGCAAUUUCUAAUAUGCUUCGUGUCAAUCAAAAUAUUACAAGUCUAAAUAUAGAAUCUAACUUCAUCACAGGAAAAGGCAUACUAGCUAUUAUGAGGGCUUUGCAGUACAGCAAUAAAGUGCUGACAGAACUGAGAUUCCAUAAUCAGAGACAUAUUAUGGGAAGUCAGGUGGAGAUGGAAAUAGCAAAAUUGCUCAAAGACAAUACUAGCAUUAUAAAAUUAGGAUAUCAUUUUGAGCUGCCAGGACCACGUAUGUCCAUGACAAGUAUUCUGACCAGAAAUAUGGAUAAACAAAGACAGAGAAGAAUGCAGGAGCAAAAAGAAUCUGGUUAUGAUCCCACAACUAACCUCACAACCAAAACUCUGCAAAGAGGAACACCAGGGGCCUCACCAUAUUCUUCCCCUAGAGGUUCACCAUGGUCAUCUCCAAAAAUAACUAGAAAGGUUCAGCCUGGAAACACAUCAACACCUUCACCUCCACCCCCUCCACCACCCCCACCCCCACCCCCUCCUCCUCCUUCAAUUCUUCCAACACUUCAGCAAGAGAAGAAAGUUCCCACCAGAAAUAUUGCAGAAGUUAUCAAACAACAUGAAUUAUCUGCAAAAAAACAGCAGAAUGGGCAUAAAAAAACAAAAGGGAAAAAAAGUAAAAAGGAACAAAAUAAUAUUUUGAAAGAGAUAAAAAAUUCUUUAAGAUCAAUCUCUGAAAUGAAAACAGAAGAGGUGUCCAGGCCCUCAACACCCCAGAGAUCUCUGCAUGAUAAUCUUAUGGAUGCUAUUAAAGGGAGCAGCAUAAAACAACUGAAGAAGGUGGAAGUUCCCAAAUCCCUUCAAUAAGUUCCAAAUGCUACAAGAAAACAAAUCAACUGAACGCUGUUGCAGAGAAUCUUUUUUUCCCAUUAAGCAUAUCUACUCUGGCUAAAUGAAUUUUGGGGUUUAACACAGAUAUUUUAGUACAGCACAUGUUUGUAAAUAUGGAGUACACUUUUUUAACAGAUAUAUUUUCCCUUUUUUUGUGUACUAUAAAAUUGUUUUUUUAUGUAUGUGAAGUAAUUGUCGCAAGAUUUUUUUGCACUAAAAAAUUUGUUUCCAUGUUUUUUUUUUUAAAUUUGAUUUAUGAGAAUACUAAGGAUGAAUACAAAAUGUGUUUUGUUUUGUUUCCUUCGUUUUUUGAAAACAGAAAACAUGUAACAGUACGACGUUCCAUAAAAAAAGCAUUUCUUGCUUAUAUGUCUCAAAUCAUUUAUGCGUAGCAUUUUUGUUGCAAAUAAGUUUUUUUUACUAAACGAAUUAAAGAAAUUAAAGUAA